AUGGCCGAAGAAGGUCGUGACGUCCUCUGCGAUACCCUUUCACACUCACAGUGCCGGUGCCUACAGUGGGCAGGUAGUCAAGCAGGCAUUGGUAACCGGUCAUGUACAAAGUUGGUAGUGCCAUCCAUCGCUGGCGAGUUCGGGAGAGCUUCCAUGCAGAAAUUGCUUGGCUCGAGUCCAAGAGGAAUUGACCGCAAUGAUUGGCGGGGACUUCCAGGACUUUUGGUCGAGUAA